UUCAUAAUGAUGAUGAUAAUGAUGCUACUGCUGUCGAUGAUGAACAGCUGCAGCUGCAGCAGCAGUAAUAGUGGUGAUAGAAGCAAUGUGAAGCUAUUUGAUUCACACUGCCACCUUCAGGAUCCAAGAAUAUACAAUCUUGCCCCUCAAAUCAUUCAAACAGCUAUUGAAUCCGGUGUCACUCACUUUGCAGUAAAUGGUGUGUCUGAAUAUGAUUGGAUUUUGGUGAAAAAGAUGAGUGAGGAUUAUCCUUCAUCUGUUAUUCCCUGCUUUGGUCUCCAUCCCUGGUUUAUUACAAAUAGAACUUCGAAUUGGUAUAACACUUUGAGGGACUUCUUUAAUUCCACCCCUUCCGCUACAGUCGGUGAGAUUGGUUUGGACAAAAGCCCCCUUGCGCAGCAAUUUGAUUUCAAUGAUCAGGUUCAAAUUUUCACUCAGCAACUUGCAUUAUCCAAAGAGUUGAAGAAACCAGUUUCCGUCCAUUGUCUUCUUGCUUUUGACGAACUUAUAGAAAUAAUGCAAUCUAUCGGCCCCUUCCCUGCAGGGGUGAUUCUUCACUCCUACGCGGGAUCAGCAGAACUGGUUCCGACUCUGACAAAGCUGGGUGCUUACUUUUCGUUUUCUGGGCAUAAUAUGAAUUCGGAACCUCAGAAAGCAAAGGAAAUACUGAAAUCGAUCCCGAUUGAGAGGAUUUUAUUGGAGUCAGAUGCACCUGAUGCCCUACCAAGGUCAAUGAAUGAUACAUAUAAUCAACCAGCUAACAUUCCUAUUGUACUUAGAUAUGUUGCUUCCAUGCUUGAGAUGCCAGAGCAACAGCUUGCAGCACUCACCAACAGAAAUGCGUUAUACUUGUUCUCUUCUUAUCCGGGUUCAAAAUUGAACUAACGUCGACAGAGGCAGGAGAGGACUGCCCUGACAUGUAGUCUGAGGUAGUUUUCAAGUAAAUGUGAUUUCAGAUAUAGCGCUAUCCUGGGCGAUUUUCUAAAGUUGUACAUAUUUUUAUCUAAUAAGUUCAUCACCGCGAGCACAACUGAGAUGUGUUCCUAAAGUGGUCUUUGGACGUGAAUCGUGAGUGUGGCCAGGGUUCAAUCCCUUUUGUGGUCUAUUUUAUUUUUCAUCGUGA